AUGAAUGAUGAUUUAUGUGGAAUAAUUGGUUCUUUGAGGCAAUAUUUACCUGAUGACGUUACCCAAACAUCAUCACUCGAUUUUUAUAGUAAUUCGAAAUUCGUAAAAUACUGCCCUGAUAAAAACUGUAAUAGUGAUCUCGAUAAAAUUACGAUUGGAUUUUUAUGGUUACUUGAACAAUAUUUUUCUAAAUACCCAAAAAAGGGUAAAAUUGUAAAUGAUAUUAAACCAUUUUUUCUAUAUAUUAUUUUAUGGUUAAGUUACAAAUUAAAUCAAAACUCAGAGCACAAAACCACACAAAUAAACGAUUUUUAUAAUAAACAUGUAAAAAAUAGUGAUAAAUAUAAAAAAUUUAUAAGUGAUGCCUAUACAUAUACAGAUCUUGAGGAUGCCUUAAAUAAAAAAAAUGAUUUGUUGAAGAUUAAUAUUAAAGAUCUGUCUAAAUUUUAUGAUGCAUCCAAAUUAAUAUGUAGUAUGUAUGGUAAUCUUGAAACGAAUACAAAUAGCAACAUAUUGUCAGACAAUGCUACUAGUUUUGUUAACGAAUAUGCAGAGCUCAAAGAUGACAGUAAUAUUGAAGAUACCCUACAUGGUCAAAUAUUGUCUGAUUUAUCAACUGAUUAUGAUAAUAUAAAAGAUAAAUGUAAAAAUACUCAAUCCCUUCCAGAGAUAACAUCAAACAUGUACGCACAAACAUCUAGAGUUACAUCCAGUUCGUCGAUAGGAAAUAGAUUAUUUACAGUUUUAUCGAUAUUUGGUGCAAUAGCAUUUUUUUUAGGAAUUUCUUACAAGUAUUCAUUAUUUGGAUUUCGGAAACGAGCUCAAAAACAAUAUUUAAGAGAAAAAAUAAAAAAUAUUAAGAAGAAAAUGAAUCAUUAA